UUUCGAUCUGAGCUUGAAUCAUGAACGGUUCUCUCGCGAUUUUUACCCUGGCUUGGGCUUUCAUCUGCCUAUUUCCUGCAUCCCAAGCUGGACCUAAAAACCCCGAGGAGCUGAGAGUAUACAAACAGCUGAAACAACUGGACUGCGGAGUCCUUACAAAUAUAAUUCCCAGCCAAAGACUUCACCGACGAAUCACCGGUGGCAGGAUAUCUUCCCUGAUGUCUCAGCCUUGGAUGGCGUUCAUCUAUAUACCAAGUCAUUUGGAGCUGUGUCGCUGUGGAGGCGCCCUUAUCUCAGAACGCUUCAUUUUAACUGCUGCGCAUUGCUUUAAAUUGUGCCCCAAGUCCAGCGAAUUAAGAGUGCGGCUGGGAGAGCUCGACCUAAAUUCAUCAGCUGACUGCACAACGUACGAUUAUAAACUAAUUUGUGCACCACCCGUGGAGGAAUAUACCAUAGAAAAGUGGACUAUUCACGAGGAUUUCGAUGCCUUUUCUAGUUGGAAUGACAUGGCCCUCAUAAGACUUGACCGGAAAGUGGUAUUUAAAGACCACAUUCGACCCAUUUGUCUGCCCCUAAGCGACGAUCUCCUGGCGUUUACCACAUUGAUGGGAAAACCCUACAUUGCGGUGGGCUGGGGAAAAAUGGAGGAUCGCCGCUUCGCCAACACUACCAUGGAAGUCUAUAUCAACACGAAGAAUUGCUCUGGCGGCAGGGACUCUUCCUUUUUGUGCGCCGAUGGAUCCUUUGUGGAUACCUGCACCGGCGAUUCGGGUGGUCCGCUCACCUGGUCAACCAUGUACUUUGGCACCGUGCGAACGGUUCUAUUCGGAGUGGUCAGCACGGGGGCCAGUGACUGUGGAACUGGUCAGAGCGCCUACUACAUGGAUGUGCCCACCUUUGUGCCCUGGAUACUCGCCAAGCUGGCAGAGUUCCCCAACUUGUUGGAUGGUUCUGAGAACAUUUAAGCUGCUUCUUGAACCACAAUUUAUUCAUGUAUAAAGUUUUUAACUGUGAGAUUGUGGAAAAUACUUUUUUUCUAAUUUUUGGCGAAAUAACAAUAAUGUUUUUGACUAUAGGUAUUAUCAUUUAGUUAUUAAAAUAUAUUGCACAAAAUCGAACUU